AUGGCGCGCAAGUUCUUUGUUGGCGGCAACUUCAAGAUGAACGGCUCGAUUGCGUCCAUCAAGGAGAUUGUCGAUAACCUGAACAAGGCUCAGCUCGAUGCCGACGUUGAGGUUGUCGUCGCCCCUCCGGCCCUGUACCUCCACCUCGUUCGCGACACUCUUCGUUCAACCAUCGAGGUGGCUUCCCAAAACGUCUACGACAAGCCCAAUGGUGCCUUCACCGGCGAGAUCUCUGUCUCCCAGCUCAAAGACAGCAACAUUAAAUGGACUAUUCUCGGCCACUCGGAGCGACGCACCAUCCUCAAGGAGACGGACGAGUUGGUCGCUUCCAAGACCAAGUACGCUACCGAAAAUGGGCUCGGCGUUAUCUGGUGCUGCGGCGAGAGCCUCGAGGAGCGCGAGGCCGGCAAGACCAUCCAAGUUGUCAGCCGCCAGCUCGAAGCUCUCAAGGCCCAGGUCUCGGACUGGAGCAAAAUCGUGAUCGCUUACGAACCCAUCUGGGCCAUCGGCACCGGCAAGGUUGCCACCACAGAACAAGCCCAGGAGGUCCACAAGGCCAUCCGAGAGUGGCUACGGUGUGUGAGCGACAAGGUCGCCGCCGAGACCCGAAUCUUGUACGGUGGCAGCGUCAGCGAGAAGAACUGCGGCGAGCUUAGCAAGCAGCCUGAUAUCGACGGCUUCCUCGUCGGCGGUGCUUCCCUCAAGCCUGCCUUUGUCGACAUCAUCAACUGCAGGAAGUAG